AUGGCAGUCAUUGCAGAUAGAAUUGCGGCUAGCGUCAUAAGUGCAUAUGAUAAAUUACCUAAAUCUGGCAAACCGGGAAUCCGAUCUAAUGGAGUGACGGAGUGGACUGUUUUAUCAGGUAUUGUCGCGUUUGAUGAGCUCAAUGACAGGUAUGAGCCGAUUUCACUUGGCACUGGCGUAAAAGCUACUCCGAACGAAGAGCUGCAAAGGAGUAACGGGCAAAUAGUACAUGAUUGUCAUGCUGAAGUUAUAUGUUUACGCGCUUUUAAUGCACUGUUGCUGAAGGAAAUAUGUGAUCUACAGAAUGGCCAGAAAUCAUUUUUAAUAGAGAAAUCAGCCGAUGGCUACAAGGUUAAAGAUGUUUGGAAAUUUGCCAUGUACAUCUCACGCAUACCCUGUGGUGAUGCGAGCAUGAAUUUACUGGAAGCAGAAGAUAAGUCAGAAUGCGAAAAUUGUCAGCAAGUGGGAAAUAUCUUUAUUAAUGGGCAAUACGUUCAUCCCGAAAUCGAUACAAUUAUCAGGGGACGCGCAAACUACAAAUUGAGGAAAGUUGUUCGAACAAAACCCGGUCGUGCAGACUCAAAGAUAACACUUUCGAAAUCGUGCUCGGACAAAUUAACAAUGAAGCAGAUGAUUUCAAUCUGCAAUGCUUUAACCUGGUCACUUCUGCAAUCACCUGUAUAUUUAGAAUGGAUUGUUCUGCCAAAGCAGUACCAGUACGAGCAAGUACAGUUAGAAGAUACAUUUUGGUUAAGAUUAAAGAAUCAGCAAUUCUUGCCCUUUAAGUUUUUAUUUUGUAAUGAGACUUUUUCUGCUGAUCGAACCAACUUAUCUCAACAACCUUCUUUGAGUUCUUGUGUAUCGUUAUAUGGCUCGAACGAAGCAGUAUCAGAGGUAAUACUAAAUGGGGUCAAAAAUGGAUUCUAUGUCAAAGGCAAGAAACCACUUCGAAAAGGUUGCCAAUCAAUUAUCAGUAGAUGUGCACAGUGGUCUGCCUUCAAAAAGAUAAAAGCCAUGCCCUCUGAUACGGAUUACUAUGGCUUCAAAUCAAGCGUUGUUGAUCGAAACCACAUUAUUUCCAAAGCGAAAGCCACGCUCUCUGCUAGUGGCUGGAUAUCAACCUGCAGAGAUAAUUGCAUAUGA